AUGGAUAAUAAAAAUAUAAACUCCAAUUCUAACCCUCAAUCAAAACAAAGAAACUCAGAUGCUAAAGCUCUUUGGACUGUCCAAUUGACUACAGCCUUUUGUGAAGUUUGUGUGGAUGAGGUGUUUCAAGGUAAUCGACCAAAUACCCACUUUACAAAAAUAGGUUGGAAAAACAUUGAAGCAGCAUUUAAAAAUAAGACUGGUAAGUCAUGGGAAUAUCGUAAGUUUAAGAAUAAGUGGGAUACAUUGAAGAAAGAUUGGAUUCUUUGGAACAAAUUACAAGGAAGUGAAACUGGAUUGGGAUGGGACGCAGCCAAAGGAACAAUAGCUGCAACAAAUGAGUGGUGGGAUAGGAAGUUAAAGGAGGUUCCUGAUGCUUUAAAAUUUCGAGAAAAAGGUCUAGAGAACCUUCAUUUAUUAGAUGUUAUGUUCAAAGAUACUGCGGCCACGGGAGAAAAUUCAUGGACCCCCUCUUCGGGAGUUUUUCCUAAUAAUUUUGAGACUCUCGUGGAUGUGUCAUGUGACUCAUUCGGUGAGCCGAGUCCUCAAAAUGGUCAUGAUGAUAUUGAGAUACUUAGUCCUACACAACCACCUAAUUCUACACAGCUACCUAAUCCUACACAGCCACACAAAGAAAAUAGAAAGAAGCGAGGAGCUACCUUCAUGCAAAGUAAAGGGAAGAAAGGAGGAACAGUGUCAAAGCUGGUACACGAGCUCAGUCGUAUCAGUGAUGCUAUAGAGCUAAAGAGGUCAUCUAGUUCAGGAAAUUUAGGAAGCAGUAUUCGUGAUGUCAUGGAGCGCGUGUGCACCUUAGAUGGUAUUGAGGAGGGUAAUGAUCUUCAUCGUAUGGCAGCUCGUAUCUUCCAGAAUAGAGAGAAGAGAGAUAUGUUUGUUGUGAUGGAAAAACCACAUUUGCAGCUUAUGUUUCUAAAAGAUGAAGCAGCAUUGUUGGGGGGGCGCCACUUCUCUAUUUGA